GCGAUCCCUGAAUCGCAUUUACACUUUCUCAUUGAAAAUGCAACAUCUAGACAAUGCGAGACUUUUAUUUUGGCACAAUGCAUUGAACUCCAGACCGGAAGUCGUUACUUUGUCUCCUUGCGUCCACUCUAAAAAGAAACUGGAGACGAAGAAAAAAGGAAACCGAAAGCAAUAAUUUCGCGAAAAGGGCAGUGAAGAAAUAAAGUUCUGAUUGCUGGAGGCACAGAUUAUUGAAGAUGGAAAUGGAAUAUUCUGAAGAUGUGCCAUCACAAGGUGUACCAUCACAGUUACAGCCAUUAACUGACAAGCAGGUAGUGAACUCUGCAGGUGGAUACACAUGGGAGGUGACUGACAUUACACGAUUGCACCGUUUUCUGUGUUUUGGCUCAGAGGGUGGGACGUACUACAUCAAAGAAGAGCAACUGGGUAAGGAGAACGUGUUAGCUUUGAUCAGACUAAUAGAAGAAGGAAGAGGCUCUGAAGCUGUGGAAGAAAUCAAGACAUUCAGUGUGGAGGGAAGAACAGCAAAGUCAGACCCGAUCCUUUUUGCUCUUGCUGUGUGUUCCCAACAUUCGGACAGCAAAACGAAGCGGGCAGCCUUUAAAGCUGUUAAGGAUGUUUGCCGUAUUCCCACCCACCUGUUUACUUUUGUCCAGUUUAAGAAAGCUCUUAAAGAAGGCAUGGAAUGUGGUAUGUGGGGUAGAGCUUUGAGAAAAGCAGUGGCGGAUUGGUAUAACGAAAAGGACCCAAUGGCUUUGGCUUUAGCAGUCACAAAAUACAAACAACGAAAUGGCUGGUCACACAAGGACCUGUUAAGGCUGUCACAUUUGAGGCCUGCAAAUGAAGGUAUUGCAUUGGUCACAAAAUACAUCACAAAAGGAUGGAAAAAUGUCCAAGCAGCGUACAGGGACAAGGAGAAUGAGGACGACAUUAAGAAAAUCUUAGAAUACCUUGAAGCUGUGGAGAAAGUGAAACAUACCACCAAUGAAGUGGAAGUAAUUCACUUAGUAGAGGAGUAUAAAUUAGUAAGAGAACAUUUACUCACCAAUCACCUGAAAUCUAAAGAGGUCUGGAAGGCUCUGCUGAGAGAAAUGCCAAUGACAGCAAUGUUACGAAACUUAGGGAAGAUGACAGCAGAAUUACUUUUAGUUCCAGGAAGUUCAGAAACUGCUAUGGUGUGUGAGAGACUGCAGAAUGAAAAAUAUUUGAAAAAGGCACGAGUCCAUCCAUUCAAUGUUUUUGUGGCCUUAGAAACAUACAAGUCCGGUCAUGGAAGCAAAGGUAAAUUGAAGUGGGAUCCGGAGAGUGACAUCCUUAAAGCUCUGGAUACUGCAUUUUACAAAAGUUUUAAGAAUGUAGAGCCCACAGGAAAACGUUUUGUAUUAGGAGUUGAUGUGAGUGGAUCCAUGAGUGAUCGUGUUUUAGGAAGUCCUGUCAGUUGCAGAAACGCCGCUGCAGCUAUGUGUAUGGCUAUUGCACGUACAGAGAAAGAUUCAAAAAUAGUAGCUUUUUCACACAAAAUUGUUCCAUGUCCAGUCACAGCCAACAUGACACUUCCAGAAGUCAUCUCAGAAUUUAAAAAGAUUCCUAUGGGAAAUACAGAUUGUGCCCUUCCUAUGCUGUGGGCUCUGGAAACGGACACUGCUGCUGACGUCUUUAUUGUUUUUACUGAUAAUGAGACCUAUUAUGGAGAUAUCCACCCUGCUCAGGCUCUAACCACUUAUAGACAUAAAACAGGAAUUUCCUCCAAGUUAAUUGUCUGCGGAAUGACGUCAAAUGGCUUUACUAUUGCAGAUCCUGACGACAGAGGCAUGCUGGAUAUGUGUGGGUUUGACUCAGGAGCAUUAGAAGUUAUUCGAAACUUUGUUCUGGAUUUCAUUUAGAUGAAGCACAAAAGAAAUCUUAAUGUAUGAAAAAAUUUUACUUGCUCCACAGAAUAUUGAGGCAUAGUAUAUAUAGAUUCAUAGUUUCUGGGUUUUAGCACUUUUGUGACUAGCAUUGCUGUAAAACAUUAACUACUAAGACCCUGUAAUUCUUAAAAGAUUUUAAAAUUGUUUGAAAAAAUUUUUUUUUUCAGUUUGUAUAUCCAGCAGGCUGGAUAAGUCAAAGUUGUUUUCACUGAAAAUUAAAGAAUUCAAGUUGUAUUGGACACAACGCAGAAGUUUAACAUAUGUACUGAUUUUAAAAUUUUACAUUUUAAUGUAUCGAUUCAUACAAUGCAAUGCUGGAACUUGUGUUUCACAUUCUGCAGUAGAAUUUUAGCCUCUUAAAUAUUUAUUACUAACAGAUAAAAAGUGUAUUUUAUAUUAAAUGUCUACAUUUGAUUACUAAUUAAACAUUAAUCUUACUUUAUUAAAAGUAUACUUAUAAGGCAUAACAAUUACAUAUGAGGAAGCAAAAGAUGUCUCUAUAUAAUUUUCUCCUUGCACUAGAAUCAUCAAUACCAGCAAAGUUCAGUUUUGUCAUCGACAGAAUGUUGACAACGUCUUUUGCUUAAUUAACGCAUUCAAAUAAAAAUAUGAUCACUACAGUGUUUCCGUGUCAGACACUAUUGUUAGAUUUAUGAUCACUUCUGCUAGGUGUUGUCAGUGAGUACAGUACAGGCAGUCUGGCAUGAUACCAAAAUUAAACUCAACAUAAAAAGUGAUGUUUAUUUGGACUGCAAUAUAAACCGAAUAUCAAGAAAGCACCAUAUGUUAAGUGAAGUGAGUUGGGUACCCAAAAUAUACAAUAAUGAUUUCAAAUGUAAAGCACACCAAUAUAUCCACAAAAUCAUUUGAACCUAUUUCAAAACAGCUAUAACAAAAUGAAACAGAACUUUCAUUAUUCUAUUUAGAUUACUACUACUUAGAUACGGCAUAUGACUUAAGCUAAACAAGGUCUGUCUGUUUUAAAUAACAUAUUUUGACAAGAAAUUCCUAUCUGUACUUUCCCAUUAACAAAAUACGGUGAUCCUUCCUGGCCAUUAGUUACAAUAGUUGUCAGUUCAUGUUUGCCUGAGGGUAUUUUACGACAUUAUGACAGACUGAUGUAUCCGUAUGCCCGAAGUGAAGCAGUCUGCAUUUUGGAACACAUACCUUCCUUUUUUAGUUGAGAUUAUUGGAAGUUGGACAAUAAAUUGUGGAGCAGAUUUGAAAGCACCUUCAGAACACCUUAAACGCUGUUUAUUGACUACCUGCGAACCAUGUCCCUUGUCAUUUUUUUGACAGUAUGUUAUCCUUUAGCUUCUUUUUUCUAAUUACUUCUUAAGUAGAACUCUCAUCUUUUGUUUUUAAACCUUUGUUUAAUAUGAAAAAUACUGAAAUGGUUAUUAUUAGUAAUACUGUACAGCUUUGUUGAUAACUAUACAGCUUUGUUGAUAACUAUAAUUAAACUGGUUAUUAAAUAGCAACUGCCUAAGCUACAGUACAAAACAAGUUGAGUAGUUGAAAAUACUUAAUAAAAUAGUCGAUUUUACAAUUAUUUGACUAUUCCCAUUUUAAGUGUAAUUUGUAAGAUUUCAAUAUUAUCAGUAACGAGGUACAGAUCUGAUUAAAUUCUUGCCGCAUAGUAUUCCUGAGCAAUAUAAUACACUCAAAGCAGGACACACAGUGAAGUAGUUAACUGACUUGAAUUUGAACCACAGGUUUAUUUUGUUCCAAAAUAGAAAAAGACUAUUCGGUUGUACAGGGGUGUACCAGUUUAUCUUACUGAAAUGUGACUACACUACAGAACCAAAGGAAUAAUCAGACUUAGAAUUCUUUGACCCUUUUUUUGGAAAAUGUUCUUUAUUAGAAUUGUAACACAGAGGCUAAUUAAAACUGUCUAAUUUAUGUUGAUGAAACUAAUUUAUAAUCCUGCAUUAAAUAAAUUGUAUAGGUCGACAAAAUAAAAAAGGAAAGUUAAGUUUAUAAAACAUAGAACACAAUGCUCUUAUCUAUACAGAAGGAAUGCCUCAGAUCAACUAGACCAGCCGCAGUGGUGGGGAAGUUAAAGUGAGGUUGCAAUUUUCCAGAAUACCGUUUUAUACCAAGUGACAUAUCAGAUUUUGUUUCAGGUGAGUAUGAAACUGUUAUAAUGGUCAGUGGGUGACACAUGAAUGAUAUUUGAGUAAGAUGAAAAUGUGGGGAUGGAGAUAAGCAAACAAAUAAAACAACAAACAGCAGAUUAUAGAAGACCUUCACUUCACGUCCAUCUUUGUGUAUAACCCUUAGAAGUAUAAUCUCUGUUUUUCAACAAAUUAAGGAAUAUGAAACAGACUAAUUCAUGACACCAUGAUUAUACCAAAUGUGACAUAAUAUAAUGAGCAAAAAUACUGAAGUUAUGUAUAACUUGACACUAACCUACACCCAUCCCCAAAAAGAAAGCUACAUGUCUUGUUUUAACAAAAGUGAGCAUAGUAUAUGGCCAAAAGUGCUUGAGUCGACUGGAUCUGUGGUUCAGGAGACAAAGCUGAUGAAGCGAUCCGGCCAUUUUUCAGAAUGGACCCAACAAUGUGUAACAUAAAGCUCAAAAGAGGCUGCAUUUGCAUCUGUUAGCAUAUUUAUUUACUUUUUAAUACAUUUAACAGUUUUCCACAUAAAAUUAUAAAGCUGACUGAAUUUUUUGGCACAUCACUAGUCUGUCCUGUUUAAACACUUAAGGUACUCUGUUUUAUUUUGUGGGAUUGGAAAAAUGAAAUCUCAUAUAAUGAAAUAUACCACACAAAUGAUGUUUAUAUAUAUAUAUAUAUAUAUAUAUAUAUAUAUAUGUACAGUAUAUAUAUAUAUAUAUAUAUAAACACACACAAACUCAGUGUAUGGUGUAUUUAUAGUAUAUAUAAAUACUGAAUUUAAAGUUCUGUAAACUUCUACACAUUACACAUACCUAAAGUCAUUAUUUGUAAUGUGCAAAUUAGCAGACAUUCCUAGUCAAUUAGGCGAUGAAUGAUAAGCACCACUAGAAGAUAUUGCACAUUGCUCAAUUAAUGGCAAAAGUUUUCCCUUUUGAUGAAGUUCCUUUGUCGCUGAACCGCCACCAAUACAACAUCCAUUUACAAACACUCUUGGUACCUUUAAAAAAAAAAAACAAAAAAAAAAAACAUAAAUUUAAAAAAGAAACUUCUUAUGCUUCUCAUGUUAGCAGAUAGGUUACACAUAAAAAGAUGUUAACUGAACUUUAGUAAAAUGAAUAGCUCCUUCAGAUUUCACUAUUUGUAAAAUUAUUAAAAUAACCUAAGUGUGUUUAAAUAUAUUGUUGGGAUUAUUGGUACAAAUAGAUUGUUUGUCCAAAAAUUAGACUACGUUUUAAAUAAAUCAUUAAGUUGUUUGCUUCUAGUGGUAUAUUUAAACAGAAAAGCACUGAUAGUGAUGCCACCCUCUUUAGCUUUUGUUGUGUUUAUUUUAUCCACCUGAUAAUUUCAAACAUCAGAAGCUUCUGUAGUUCAAUAACAUGAAACAACUAAACACUAACUGAUAUUUAACUGGGAUGUGGUAGCUGGCAGCUAAAACUAUUUUGAAAAGUUGCAACUCCAGGCAGGGAGUCUGGCAGUAAAUACAAUACCUGUUUCUCCCUCUCACACACACACACACUCUCUUCUUCUAAAUUGUUAAUAUCAGUGUAAAUUUCUGAGCUGCACUGCAACAGUCUCAAACCACUGGCUACAAGAGUAAGGUUCCAGAGAACCUAAUGAAAGAUUUAAAAGUCUGAUUUUAUAAUUUGAAUUGACAUUAUAUUAACUUAUUUAACAUUUAUUUAAAAAACUUUAAAAAAAAAAAAAAUCUUUUAAUGAAAUGGAUGCAUAUUAAUUUCCCAAUAUUCUAUUUUCUUUUUUGUUGUUUUGUUUCAUCUCUUGUAAUAUUAAGAAUGUCAGCUGGUGCAAACACUGAAAUUUGGUAACAGUUAGCAAGUGUUCAUAAUUUAAUUCAAGUUGUGAAAUACUAGCCAUUUAUGUGUUAGGAUGGGUUGGGCACCUGGCACCUUGUCCAUGGCUGGCUCCUGCCUUGAAAAGGCCUGAAAUUUUAAUAAACUGUUUCAUUAAGUAAAACAGUAGUGCAAUAUGCUGCAAUGUUCUUUAGCCUAAAAGUGAGAUGGGCAACAUGCUACUGCCUCAUUUACAGGCGGGUGUUCUGUAUGAGUACACAGUGUGUCUGUACAAGUUUUCUUGGGGUGCGCUGUCUCAGCACCAGUCCUACUUGGGUCUCAUUUUGUAACUGUUAAAGUCUGCUUGACGUUUUUUUUGAAUGUCAGGUUAAGACCACAUUUCUAGAAUGUAAUACUUUAAAAGUCAUGAUCUGGAUAUAUGCAAUAAAGUUAAUAUUUUGAAAAUUAAAA